CACCAACGGUUUCUUCUACAAAUACGUUUCGCCGCAUGAGCGAAAUCUAGAAACUUCUAUAAAUGCUUCUCCGAUCUCUCAUUCGAUCGAGAGAACUGUCAAAUUUAGGUUUUGGUUUAUUUUCCUCUCCAAUACUCGUACUUUGGAUUUGAAAGGAUUGCCUGUUGAAGAUCUCUGGAAUAAAUUUAGUUUUGGUCGAUUAUCGCCCUCCUUGACACAUCCAUUGGUAUUUUUUUAGGGAACUGGAUGAUCUGAUGGAGUCAAAAGGUCGCAAGAAAAAGUCCAGUAGUAAAUCCCUACUCUACGAAGCUCCCCUUGGAUAUAGCAUUGAGGACGUUCGACCACACGGAGGAAUCAAGAAAUUCAGAUCUGCUGCAUACUCCAACUGCGUUCGAAAGCCAUCCUGAGAUAGUCCAGAGUGUUACACCAGCCACUUCCAGCUCCUUAGAAUAGCUUCCCAAUAAUUAAAUUCUGCAAUCCUUUGUUUUCUUCUUCUUUGGCAAUCCUUUUUUCUUUUCUUCUUUCCUUCCUCAUCAUUGUUUUUUCUUCCUACCCUCUGCUUAAGCCAGCCCCAUGGCCAUGUCCUACCCUCCCUCAGCAAUCGGAUUCGAAGGCUACGAAAAAAGGCUCGAGAUUUCUUUCUCUGAGCCUGGCCCUGACUCACUGUCCGACCCUUUAGGUCUCCGGUCGCUUACUAAAUAUCAGUUGGAUGAAAUCUUAGAUCCUGCAGAAUGCACGAUUGUCUCCUCCCUGAAGAACGAUGAAGUCGACUCCUAUGUCCUUUCAGAGUCCAGCCUCUUUGUCUACCCAUACAAGAUCAUAAUCAAAACUUGUGGGACUACUAAACUGCUGCUCUCUAUUCCUCCCAUCCUCGAGAUGGCCGACAUGCUCGAACUUACUGUGGAAUCUGUUAGAUACACUCGUGGAAGCUUCAUCUUUCCCGGUGCUCAGCCGUAUCCCCACCGGAGCUUUUCCGAAGAAGUUAAUGUUCUCAACAUUCAUUUCUCCCGACUCGGCCUGGCCAGCAAAGCCUACGAGAUGUGCGGUGCCGAUGAUCACGAGAAAUGGCACGUGUACUCUGCAUCUGCAUGUGCCAAACCGUCGAUGGACUCUGACUCUGUUUACACCCUGGAGAUGUGCAUGACCAAUUUGGAUCGGAAGAAGGCCUCUGUCUUUUUCAAGAACCAGUCCUCCUCUGCAGCUGCCAUGACUGAAGCUUCUGGCAUUAGGAAUAUACUCCCAGGCUCCGACAUCUGCGACUUUGAAUUCGAUCCCUGCGGCUACUCCAUGAAUGCAAUCGAAGGCAGCGCUGUCUCUACCAUCCAUGUCACCCCUGAAGAUGGUUUCAGCUACGCCAGUUUCGAAACUGUUGGCUAUAACUUCAAAGAAUUGGACUUGACCUCAUUGCUGGAGAGGGUGGUGGCAUGCUUCCAGCCAGCAAAGUUUUCUGUGUCUUUGCACGCAUCGUUGGAGUGCCAACUUGCAGCCGACUUCCCACUUAAACUUGAUGGAUAUUCCUGUGGAGAAAGUAGCCUUGAGGUGGUUGGCAACAAUGGAGGAUCGAUGAUCUACGCCAGCUUCGUCAGUGCGAAGGGUUGCGUAUCGCCACGCUCGAUUCUACAAUGCUGUUGGAGUGAGAAUGAAGAUGAGGAGACAAGAAGUGAGGAUUGUUGAUGAUGAAUGAUACAAGAAAGAAUACAUGCAUUCAUAUGUAACAAACUGGAGUGUGGUUUGAUGACUACUUUUUAAAUUUCUGAAAUUGCUUUUUAUUAUGUGUUAUAAAUGAAAGGAGUGUUGGAGAA